AUGCUUUGUUUGUCCGUACGGUUCUACGUCAACGACGCCUUGCUCUUCCUUCUCCCUCCCUCUCUCAUUCAUGGCUUCGCAAGGGAAGUUCUAACCCUGAGAGGUUUUAGAUUCGCUUUCUUGUUCCUUUAUGGUUUCUAUGCUAAGAAUGUGACGUUUAGUACUAUCGACGUUCUUGAUCAUAGAAUCCUAGUUCUGAUUCUCGGUGGAAAUGCUCACUUUUCCCAUCCAUUUGAAUCUAUGCAAGGCUUUGUCUUUGGAGUGGGUGUGGCAGCUGCAUUACUGUGCUGCUUCUGGUGCCAAAAUAAGCAUACACAAGUAGGGAGAAGCUCUGAGAAAUUAGGAAACAUUCCCUUUCGUAUCAAAGUAGUGGAUCCUGGGGCAUCAGUGUCAAGCUCAAAUGUGGGGCAGGAGUCACCCGUAUCAUCUGACUGGAGUAACAUGCCUCUUUGGUUGGAAGGACUUAAGAGGAAGGAUGUUGGUUCUGCAUGCGGAAUUCCAAAGUAUUCUUACAAAGAUAUGCAGAGGGCAACUUCUAAUUUCACAACCAUCAUAGGUCGUGGUGCAUUUGGUUCAGUUUACAAAGCUCAGAUGCUCGCUGGUGAAACAAUUGCUGUUAAAGUUCUUGGUAACAAUUCAAGACAUGGAGAGAAAGAGUUUUUGACCGAGGUCUUGUUACUUGGAAGAUUACACCACAAACGUCUUGUGGAUUUAGUGGGAUAUACUGCCGAGAGAGGACAUCAUAUGCUCCUUUUUGCGUACAUGAGUAAUGGCAACCUCGCCUCUCACUUAUAUGGCAAAAAUCAGGAGCCAUUAAACUGGGAUGCAAGAUUUCAGAUAGCACUAGAUGUUGCGAGGGGACUGGAAUAUCUACAUUAUGGGGCUUCUCCCCCUGUUGUGCACCGUGACAUUAAAUCUUCCAACAUAUUGCUGGACCAGUUUAUGAGAGCGAAGGUAACUGACUUUGGGCUUUCUAGACCAGAGAUGAUUAAACGUCGUUCAUCUAAUAUCAAAGGAACUUUUGGCUAUCUUGAUCCUGAAUACAUGUCUACAAAAACCUUUACCAAGAAGAGUGAUGUUUAUAGUUUUGGUGUGCUACUCUUUGAAUUGAUUACUGGCAGGAAUCCACAGCAAGGCCUGAUGGAAUAUGUGAAACUAGCAGCCAUGGAAGCCGAGAGUAAGGUUGGGUGGGAAGAAAUUGUGGAUUCACAGCUUAAUGGAAAAUAUGAUGUGCAUACGCUUAAUGAUAUGGCUGCUCUUGCUUUGAAAUGUGUCAAUGAAGCAUCCAGAGAUCGGCCUUCCAUGAGGGACAUCGUUGGAGCAUUAUCCCAGCUCUGUAAGAAGAAGCAUGGUGGAAAUAGUAAUAUGAAGUCUCCUGCAGUGAAUGAAGUUUCCAUUGAAAUGGAUGAAGUUUUCAUCCACAGAGCACUCAAAUGUGAUGCGCAAAUUGCAUAGCCGAUGAUGAUAUCUGGUUUGAUUUGGAUAUUUGUAAAUACUUGUUUCUCUAUAUCCUUUAUUCUUAUUAUAUGUAAAUAUCUAGCGUGAUCUUGGAUUAUUAUUGUUCUUGUUGUUAUUAUUAUUAGCAUUAUUAUUACUGGGCAGUUAUUGGCCAGUACACACACACACUCUAUUGGGUUUGCCCAUCUCCCUCUGCCA